AUGUCGAUCUUGAUCACAACAUACGAGGGAACACACAACCAUCCGCUCCCGAUCUCGGCCACCGCCAUGGCCUCCACCACCUCGGCGGCCGCCUCCAUGCUAACAUCUGGACCGUCAAACUCCUCAGUUGGGCCGGGCCCAUUAUCUUCUGUCUCUGCGUCUGGACACCUAAAUGGGCUAAACUUCUACCCGUCUCACGAUAACUCAAGAUCAAAACCCUUCUACCUACCGAACACCUCGAUUUCAUCCACCCCUUCCUACCCAACCAUAACGCUCGAUCUCACUUCAAGCGCCGCCACAUCAUCGUCCCAUUUGACCCGUUUGGCCAAUAUUCCCUCGAGAUACUCGACCACAAACCUCAACUUCAGCGAGUCGAACGCGCUCCCGAUAUCGUGGACCAAUGGGACCCUAAGCUACGGUCCUUACCAAACGAUAAACAAGAACCAAACCGCGAGUAAUACUAGCUCCCUCAACUUCGGAGCACAACCCUACGAAACCCUUUACCAAACCUACUUACAAAAGACGAAUACCACAAACCCUAGCCAACAAAACAUGACAUCUCCCGAAGCUAUUGCGGCCGCCACUAAAGCAAUCACAUCCGACCCGAGUUUCCAAUCGGCUCUUGUAGCCGCUCUUUCAUCGAUCAUCACCUCGAAUGGCAAUAACGCUAGUGCAAUGAUGCAAAACCAAAAUGAAGGCGAAAAAUCGAGUCAAAUCAGUGAUGCCAAGAUUAGUGAGCCUAACUUUCCUAUCCUAUCGAGCUUCCCAUCAUCGGCCUCGAACGCAAAUAAGUGUGCGCCGAGUUUUAUGAACAAUUCAUCGUCUAAUACGAGUACGAUUCAACCUGCAGGCGGAUUGAUGUUCCUUUCGACUCCAUUUUCGAAUGCAAAGAGCAAGUCAAGUUCACCAAGUGAUCAUGGUAGGGAUCAAGCUGCUUGA